AUAGAUAUCAAUGAAUGUAAAGUGUUCCCUGGUAUGUGCAUGAAUGGUAAAUGCAGAAACACAAUUGGAAGUUUCAAAUGUAGAUGUAACAGUGGGUUUACUUUAGAUAUGGAGGAAAGAAACUGUACAGACAUUGAUGAGUGCCGGAUCUCCCCAGACUUAUGUGGAAGUGGUACUUGUGUCAACACUCCUGGAAGCUUUGAGUGUGAGUGCUUUGAUGGUUACGAAAGUGGAUUUAUGAUGAUGAAGAACUGUAUGGAUAUUGAUGAAUGUGAACGGAACCCUCUGCUGUGUAGAGGUGGCACAUGUGUGAACACCGAAGGGAGUUUUCAGUGUGACUGUCCUUUGGGACAUGAGCUGUCACCAUCACGUGAGGAAUGCAUAGAUGUAAAUGAGUGCUCUUUAAGUGACAGUCUCUGCAAAAAUGGCAAGUGUGUGAACAUGGUUGGAACAUACCAGUGUUCCUGUAACUCUGGGUACCAGGCCACUCCUGACAGACAAGGCUGCGUAGAUAUUGAUGAAUGCAUGAUAAUGAAUGGAGGCUGUGACACUCACUGCACUAACUCGGAAGGCAGCUAUGAAUGUAGCUGCAGUGACGGCUAUGCUCUAAUGCCGGAUGUCAGGACAUGUGCAGAUAUUGAUGAAUGUGAAACCAACCCAGAUAUCUGUGAUGGUGGGCAAUGUACUAAUAUUCCAGGGGAAUAUCGCUGUCUCUGUUAUGACGGAUUUAUGGCUUCUAUGGACAUGAAAACUUGUAUUGAUGUGAAUGAAUGUGAUUUGAAUUCCAACAUCUGUAUGUUUGGGGAGUGUGAAAACACUAAAGGUUCCUUCAUUUGUCACUGUCAGCUAGGAUAUUCAGUCAAGAAGGGAACCACUGGAUGCACAGACGUGGAUGAGUGCGAAAUUGGUGCUCACAACUGUGACGUGCAUGCCUUAUGUGUCAACGUACCAGGAAGUUUUAAAUGUAGUUGCAGAGAAGGAUGGGUUGGAAAUGGCAUUAAAUGUAUUGAUCUUGAUGAAUGCUCCAAUGGGACCCACCAGUGCAGCGUGAACGCUCAGUGUGUGAACACCCCAGGGUCGUAUCGCUGUGCCUGUGCAGAGGGAUUCACUGGGGAUGGCUUUACUUGUUCUGAUGUUGAUGAGUGUGCAGAAAAUGUUAAUCUGUGUGAAAAUGGGCAGUGUUUGAAUGUCCCUGGAGCCUACCGUUGCGAGUGUGAGAUGGGGUUCACUCCCGCCUCGGACAGCAAGUCGUGCCAAG